AAAAAAAAAACCAAUUUGAACCCCAUAAAAUCAACCAGAAAUAGAAUCGGGUCGAGAAAAAAUCGGACGUUUUUUUUUUGUUCCGACAAAACUCUCGUUGUCUUUCUAAAUAUUGACUAAACAAAUCUGAGGUUCAUUUUCUGUUUCUCUUACAAUACCAGGUCAACAUGCGAUUGCCAUAGAAAAAAAAAAAAGAGACAAACAACAACAGAAAAAGAGAGAGAGAGAGAGGGAAAAAGAAAUCUUGAAUUGACAGAACAGAACAGAAGACAAACCCACCACCAAAGUCUAUUGAGAAUUUGAUAUCGAUUUGAGAAGAGAAAAAUAAAUUGUCUUGUUCUUUUCGUUUUAACCUAUAUUAGUCGUUCCUUUUUGCAUUUCUUCUUAACCUAGUUUGAUCAUAAUGCCAUUUUGUAUGAAAUUUAUUGAUUCAAGAAGAGGACACGCAACAAAAGAAGCUUCCUCCAUCUCUUCUCUCCUCUUAACAAUGGUGUCCUCUUUUGUAAAUACCAACCAUUAAAAGCUCUGUUUCGUUAUAUUUCUAUCUUCCUAUAUUACCCCUUUCUUGGGGUUCCAUUGAUUGUUCUGCGGCGGGGUUUCGGUUCUAUCUAGAAGCGGAAGGAUGGCGGAUAAUCCGGUGGAGAAAAAGUCGCGUUGUCGGUUUUUGGGAUUUGUGUUUAAUAGACGUGGCUUGUGGUCCAAGAAAUGUCCCGCAGACAAUAGUAGCCAUAAAAGCACAAUGAGUAGCAGCAAUGCUUCCACCGCCACCGCUACCACCGCUAACAUUCAGUUCACCAAAUCUCCAUGUACUGAAUUUAACCCGAGGAAGCUUCAAGAAAAUAAAGUUUUACCUGAGCCGGUAGAGAUCCAGAACCAGGUACAGAGACCUAUUUCAAAACCCUCAUCGCAUCAAUACCCAAAUAACCAUCAAUUAGGCAGUAAUGGGAAUAACCAACCAAGUAGUAAUCAAGGACCAGUCCAACAACAACAAGCGAGGAAGGUUCCAAGGGAAGCAAUUGGUUUAUCAGGUGAGCUAGAGAGCAUGAUCAUGGAUAAUCAGAAAGCAAAAGGGAAUAAUUGCUCUAUGGUUCGAGCUUCUUCAAGCAAUGUGAUGUUGUUUGGCAAUCUUGGGAACUUGAAGCAGCCCGGAGCAUCAGGUGGGAAUCAAACUACUAUCCAGAACAAUGGAUACGGGAAUACCGGUGGAGGGUAUGGAGUGAAGAAGACGAUGGAAGAGGAAAGAAAAACAUCGGUUACACCAAUACCGGCUUCAAAUAAUCAAGAUCAGUCAGGAUCUUUGUGUAGGGCGAUUUCCACACGAAUGGACCCCGAAACGUUAAAGAUAAUGGGUAAUGAAGAUUAUAAGAACGGGAAUUUCGCAGAGGCGUUAGCCUUGUAUGAAGCCGCAAUAUCCAUCGAUCCAAAAAAGGCUUCUUAUCGAAGCAACAAGAGCGCAGCUUUAACGGCAUUGGGGAGAAUUCUCGAGGCAGUAUUUGAGUGUAGAGAAGCAAUCAGAAUCGAUCCUCAUUACCAUAGAGCACACCAUCGGUUGGCUAACUUGUACCUCAGGUUAGGAGAGGUGGAGAAGUCAAUAUAUCAUUUCAAGCAUGCAGGUCCAGAAGCUGACCAAGAAGACAUUUCAAAAGCUAAAAUGGUUCAAACACAUCUCAACAAAUGUACCGAGGCCAAAAGAUUGCGAGAUUGGAACACUUUGAUCAAAGAAACAGAAAACACCAUAACUACAGGCGCUGAUGCAGCUCCUCAAGUAUAUGCAUUGCAAGCAGAGGCCUUUUUGAAGACAUACAGACAUCAAGAGGCCGACGAUGCUUUGUCGAGAUGCCCGGUUUUCGAUGGGGAAAUGAGCACAAAAUACUACGGACCCAUCGGUUACGCCGGUUUCUUGGUCAUCUGGGCUCAGGUUCACAUGGCUUCCGGCAGAUUUGUAGAGGCAGUUGAGGCGAUUCAACGAGCGGGCAAGCUGGACGGUAACAACAGGGAAGUGAGUAUGGUUCUCAGGCGUGCGCAGGCGGUUACAGCAGCGCGAUCACGAGGGAACGAGUUCUUUAAAGCCAGACGAUUUCAAGAAGCUUGUGCAGCUUAUGGUGAAGGCUUAGACCACGACUCAAGAAACUCAGUCUUGCUAUGUAACCGAGCGGCUUGCCUAUCCAAAAUAGGCCAGUUCGAUAGAGCCGUUGAGGAUACCUCCGCGGCACUUGCAGUCCGUCCUAGCUACACCAAGGCUCGACUCAGAAGAGCCGAUUGUAACGCUAAGCUUGGGAAUUGGGAAUCGGCGAUUGGAGAUUACGAGAUAUUGAAAAAAGAGACACCGGAAGAUGAGGAAGUGACCCGAGGAUUGUCGGAGGCUCAGAAGCAGCUCGUGAAACGCCGUGGCCAUGACUCUUGAACUGGUCUUGCUUUUCUUUCUUUUUUUAUUUGGCCGGUAAAAAAAGUGAAUCUUUUUAUUCAAUUGUAUAUCCGUAA